CGCGACGUACAUCAAGUCAAAUUAUCAACAUGGCUCCUAUUAUAACCGCAGACCUGAAGCAAUGUUUCACAUCCGGGAUUGGACAAGCCUUGACUGAAGGAUGCAGACAAGCGAAGCAGCUUUAGCCUCGGGACAUGUGCCAGUCUGGACUGGACUCCGUCAAAACACCAAAAUUUCGAAUUUUCAUCUAAUCCUGUGUCGCAAUCACUAACCCUCAAGCCGAGCAACCGAAAUGGUCCACAAAGAACAGUCGGCACGUCUCGACGCAGGGCGCAAUGCAGAACCUGCGCUACAGCCCCGCAUCCUGUACUUGACUCUUUACAACUUCAUCUUUGCUGGGUUAUGGGCAUCAGUUGGCAUCAGUGCGGUCAGCUAUGCUUCGAAAGGAAGGUUCGUCGCAUUUGAAGCAGUGGAGCCUCGAGCACGCUGGGUGCAGACGUUUACGCUCAUUGAGGUUCUGCAUGCAGCUACCGGCAUCGUCAAGUCGCCUGUUAGCACCACCGCUAUACAGGUCUUCACGCGCGUCAUCCAGGUCUGGUUGAUCUGGUAUAGCUUCCCCGCGAGCACAUCGGCUUCUCAUGCCUUUCUCAUCCUAGUACUUGCAUGGGCUAUUGCAGACUCCAUUCGCUAUUUGUACCUGAUGUUGAAUCUACAUGCGAAAGCGCCGCGAGCACUUGUCUGGCUGAGAUACACGAUGUUCUAUCCUCUUUACCCGAUCGGUAUCGGUGCAGAGUGGUGGCUGAUGUAUCAAGCCGUCGAGCCUGUGAGCAAGAUUAGUCCUGUUCUUCCGCCCGUGUUCUACUUCUUGUUGGCAUUAUAUGUUCCAGGUGCGUACACAAUGUUCACAUAUAUGAUCAAACAGAGAGGAAAAGCGCUUGAGAAGGGACGGAAGACGGCGUAGUGUUCAAAUGUUGAAACAUGCUAUGAGGCCCCGAGCCUCCACUAUUGAUGACCACUGCGUCCCUGAACACGUCGUAGGGUAUCAGACCAGUAAGAGUUCUUAACAACGCUUCGCGUGUGAGAAUCAUGAUGGAUGGAAAGCUUUAUAGACCUGCAGAGCUCCUUCAAUGCUCUGCACUAAUCCAAAAAAGAUUGUCAGAAACAACACAACAAUCGCAACCCAGAAAGUGUACCACUGGACACCAUUGCGUCGAUCGUACCACCACUGGGA